AUGUGGUCAAGUUACUGACGCCAGGACAAAACUAGUGGUGUCAGUGAGGACUGGAGGUACGGGAUGUACGGCACCGGUGUGAGCGCAUCUUUGGGUAACUCUGGGGAAAACGGCUCUGCCAAGGAUGGUUGGAGUGACCAAACGACAAAUGAUUCCCUGGGGAACGUAUCAUACACGAACGGCACAUUCUCUGGGGACGAUAUGUACGAUGUACCCCCCGGGAUUGUUGCUUUACUGGCUUUCCUCUACGGUUCAAUUUCCUUGCUGGCUAUUGUUGGAAAUGGCCUUGUCAUCCUUGUUAUUGUACGAAACAAAAAGAUGCAAAGCGUUACCAAUCUUUACAUCGCCAACCUGGCAUUCGCCGAUGUUAUGAUAGGAGCUCUCUCCAUACCUUUUCAGUUCCAAGCAGCUCUCCUCCAAAAGUGGGUGCUGCCUAACUUUCUGUGCUCUCUCGUUCCGUUCGUACAAACUCUCUCUGUCAACAUCAGCGUUUUUACUUUGACUAUGAUAUCCAUUGACCGUUAUUUCGCGGUAAUUCAUCCAUUAAAACCUCGAUUGUCCCGACUGUCUGCCAAAAUCAUCACCUGCGUUAUCUGGGUGAUCGCUUUGGGAUCCAGCCUGCCUGUUUGCUUGUUUCAGAAAGUUGGAUUGAUACUCUCCCAGGAGACUGGACAAUUUAUAGAGUUUUGCGAGCCUUACUGGCCCAGUGAUUUACCUAAUUUCGGUGUCAUUUAUCACAUUUACCUGUUUUCCGUGCAAUAUGUCUUACCACUGGCCAUUAUCACCUUCGCCUAUGCCCGUAUUGGCUGUAGGAUAUGGGGCAACAAGACACCAGGCAGCGCUGUUGAUAAGAGGGAUAAAAUGAUCAACAGAAACAAACGAAAGGUGGUGAAAAUGUUGAUAAUUGUGGUGUGUCUCUUCGUGCUGUGCUGGAUGCCGCUGCAGAUAUACCACUUACUCUCAGCAAUCUACCCUGCUGUCAACCUAUACCCUUACAUCAACAUCAUAUGGUUCUGUUCCAACUGGCUGGCGAUGAGUAACUCCUGUUACAAUCCAUUUAUAUACGGAUUGUUAAACGAAAAGUUUAAGAGCGAGUUCCUUCUUCUGCUCAGCAUCUGCCCAUGUGGCUGUUGUCACAAAGAGAAGGACAUCUGGGAAUAUUCCGAGGACAGUCUCAGCGCGUCACGACGUUGUGCCACGUGCGACGAGUCGCGUCUCGCGAGAUCCCGAGCCAGACGUUACCGAAUUGGUGGAGCCAAACACGUGUGCGCAACCAGCAUAACGGAGCAGAGUUUGCUGUAGUUCGUGAAGACACGCAUGGACAGACUAAAUGUGACAAAGUCUUGCACCCCUGUUCACUAUUUUCGAAGUCCUAACAAUAAGUUAGGAUCUCAGUAGCCUCCAUCACCGCCAAUGAGUAUCUGUUGAUCGAAGACAUCACACUCUUCGGCCAACAACCCAACGUUUAUGUUCGAUGUUGUGUUUGCAGAUAAAGUGGCCGUUUUUUAUGCGUUGUGCAGAUCUUUCUUCGUAAAUGAGGUCAUAUGGCCUGGUUACAUUGAACGAAAUGAACUCAGUUUAUACAGACAGCUAACAGACAGCUUUUUCAUGAAAGACACAAAGGCAUGUCAUUGCGUUAAAUAUCAUUGGAAGAUCUCUGUUUUGCUUGUUUGUGAACAAACUUAUGAGCAACAUUCAACUUAAUUAUUUUGGUUACCCUCUGACUUUCCAAUGUAACAAGAAAAUAAUAUGUAUGUAUAUAUAGAAAUAUGAUGGUGUUAACCGUCUUUAUUUUCAAGGAAUUAUCAAAACGGUUUUAGGCGGGGUUCGCUCUUUUAUUGCAGUUGUUUUUAAAUGAAAUUAUGAUCAUUUAUUUCGUUAGCAGUUAA